AUGCCCACCAAAUCCCUCCUCCGCUCAACACUCUUCACUUCCAUCAUGUCCUCUCCCCUCCUCAAUCCGUGCCUCGCAAUAAUCCAAGGCCUGGUAAACUCCAAAUCCGCCCUGCUCAAUCCCGGCAAAAACCCCGCCAUCAACUACCUCCUCCAAAAGACCGUCUACAACCACUUUUGCGCUGGCGCUACCGAAACAGAGGUUAAGAGGACGAUACAAUACAUGAAGAAGAUGGGGUUUACAGGCGUGAUCAUGGGGCCUGGCCGGGAGGUUGUGUUGAAGAUGGACGAGUCUGCCCCGGCUGAGUCGAAGGAGAGUCAGAAGAUGGCGCUUUUGGAGGCUGUAGAGCAGUGGAAGGGAGGGCUUUUGGAUACGUUAAAUAUGCUCGAUGAGGGGGAUUAUCUGAAUGUCAAAUAUACCGGUGCCGGCCCGAUUGCUGUCGAGGCGCUUUCUCGAGGGGAUGCCACUGCCCCAACAGUUAUCCAAGAGGCGAUGAGGGAAGUUUGCAACAUGGCUGUGUCUCGAAAAGCACGGCUCUGGAUUGACGCCGAGCAGCAGGCUCUCCAGCCUGCCAUCGACGCAUGGACAAUCAACCUGAUGCGCGAGUUCAACCGUAAUGGCGUGGUGGUCCUCAACACCAUUCAAGCAUACCUGAAAGCAUCUGCAGACAACGUCGACCACCAUCUCCAUCUCGCACAAAAAGAAGGAUGGGCACUGGGGAUUAAACUCGUUCGGGGCGCCUACAUCGCCCACGACAUGCGAGAGAGAAUCCACGACACCAAAGCCGACACAGACCGCAACUACAACCACAUCGUCAAGAGUCUCGUUACACGCCAAUCGCCCAUCCAGGACUCAGCAGUAAAUAGCAACCCCUUCCCGACAGUCCGGUUAUUCGUGGCAUCCCACAACGCUGAGACAGUACGCAAGGCGUAUUCGCUCUACAAACAGCGCGUUCUAGACAACCAACCCACCAUCCCCAUCCAAUUCGGACAACUACAAGGCAUGGCAGACGAUGUGAGCUGCGAGUUGCUGGCUGAGAACAAGAAAGCCGACAAGAGCGGGAAAUGGACAGCGCCGGGGGCGUUCAAGUGUCUCUGCUGGGGGACGACGGAGGAGUGUCUGCAUUUCCUGCUGCGGAGGGCGGUUGAAAAUAAGGGGGCUGUCCAGCGGACGAAAGAUAUGGCGGUUGCAUUGCGGAGAGAAGUGUGGAGGAGAAUGCGGAGUGUUUUUGUUUGA